GUGUAAUGGCGUCUGGCUGAGUUCGUGCGGUGUGAAGCGAGUUGUUGAGUGGAGCUAAGUGCAUAUUUUCUGCCCUGUGUAUUGCUCGCCAUGAACCGUAGCAGCGGGAGCGCGUAAGUGCUCAUGUCCUAGUGUGGCAAAUUUUUUCAACUGUUUGACAGUGAAAUAUUUAAAACGCAGGUCCACGGCGGCUGCCGGGUGAUCGCGUAUAUUUUGUUAGGCUUAUCUGGUGCCCGCAUCUUCGCGUUUUCUUUCGCGUUGCGUCGAUUCUAGCUUCUGUCAAGACGCAAGAACAGUCGAAGCGGACGUCACUACAUUGCCUGAAUUGUGGAGUGACGCCUCAGCGCAACAGUUGGCCACGAACGGACACAGCACGCAUUUGCGGAGUGCUCGGUAGGAGUGACCGAAUCCUCAGGUGAAAUCUGUUGGGGUCGCUCAGGUGGGCCUGUGUCUGUGCCGACGCUCCCUCGCAAAUGACCUCUGGAACCUAGGGGCGCGUGUUCGUCGAUGUGUGUACGCCAGUCUUAACACCGACAUGGCGUUCAACGAGAAGGUGGACCCGGAGCUGAUCUUCACGAAACAGGAGCGGAUCGGCAAGGGGUCGUUCGGCGAGGUAUUCAAGGGGCUGGACAACCGGACGCAGCAGGUGGUGGCCAUCAAGAUAAUCGACCUGGAGGAGGCCGAGGAUGAGAUCGAGGACAUCCAGCAGGAGAUCAUGGUGCUCUCUCAGUGCGACUCGCCCUACGUUACGCGCUAUUACGGCUCGUACCUGAAGGGCACGCGCCUAUGGAUCAUCAUGGAGUACCUGGGCGGCGGCUCGGCCCUGGACCUGAUGAAGGCGGGCCGCUUCGACGAACUGCACAUCGCCGUCAUCCUGCGUGAGGUGCUCAAGGGACUGGACUACCUGCACUGCGAGCGCAAGCUGCACCGCGACAUCAAGGCCGCCAACGUGCUGCUCUCCGAGAUGGGCGACGUGAAGCUGGCCGACUUCGGCGUCGCCGGACAGCUGACCAACACGACGAGCAAGCGCAACACGUUCGUGGGCACGCCCUUCUGGAUGGCGCCCGAGGUCAUCAAGCAGUCGGCCUACGACUCCAAGGCUGACAUCUGGAGUCUGGGCAUUACUGCUAUAGAGUUGGCAAAGGGAGAGCCACCAAACUCUGACCUGCAUCCAAUGCGUGUCCUCUUCCUCAUUCCCAAGAACAACCCUCCGCAGCUGACGGGAAACUACAGCAAGCAGUUCAAGGAGUUUGUCGAAGCGUGCCUCAACAAGGACCCAGAGAAUAGGCCAACUGCAAAAGAACUGCUGAGGUUUCCAUUCAUCCGCAAGGCAAAGAAAACCUCCUAUCUAAUGGACCUCAUAGAGAAGUACAAGCGAUGGAAAGCUGCUGGUGGUGGCCAAAGUGACAGUGACUCAGAGGCAUCUGAUUCGGAUGAGUCCAAAAUGAAUGACACGUGGAAGAGCCUACGCUGGGACCUGGGCACAGUCAAGGCGCCUCCUGGGUCACUUGACCUGCGUGGCUCUCCUCCCGACAACUACCGGCCCAAAGGCGGGCGCCUCAAUGGCGAGAGCUCGCCAACGUCAGUUGGCAUGCUGCCUUCGUCGGACGUUAUCUACAGUCGCACACCCGAGCCAAAACUGGCAUCGUCACCUACUCGUCCCUCAAGCAUGGCUCCCAUGCCGCCAUCAUCUUCACCUUAUCGGUCAUCGUACAACCGUGACCAGGGUGAUGUGUCCCCGGACGGGGACAGCUCGCCUCCGCUGGCCAGCAGCCCCAGCAAGGAGCUGCGCAACCACGCGGUGUCGCCCGAGCCCACCUCACACAGUCGAAGCAGCAACAGCAGCAGUGGCGGCAUUGGUGGCAGGGAGUCCUCCUCGUCUCUCGGCAGCUUGCAGUCACCGCCUGCAUCACCCACCAAGUCAGCCUCACCUGCAUCUCCACGAGUUGGGGAUGCAAGUGGCAGCAGUGCCAUCGAGCCUCUUCUGGACGAGGCUCAGAGGAGGCAUAAGAACAGUCACCGCAACUCUGGCGGAGAACUGACUGAGGCAGUUGAAGAACUGAGGGAUGCAUUUGAGCGUGCUGAGCGAGCUUGCCCAGGCAUCUGCGAUGUCUUUCUCUGUGAGAUGCUGCACCGACUUGCGCCUGGCCUGAGCCUCCACCGGAUACAGGAUGCCCUUCAGCGGCUAAGGGAAAGUGCGUAAUGAUUUCUCAACACCGGCCAGCCAUAACAAGGGUAUCCACGAAUUGUAGCGGCCACUACUUGCCACAGCAGUUUUGCUGGUUCCCUCCAACAAGCAGCGGUGUUUGCAACAAAUGCACAGCACAUGCAACGCCGGUGCUUAAUGCCAACCACUUCCUCAAGAUGCAAGGCAGCCUGUUCGGUUUCCAUAGGAGUGGUGCAAACGUGUCUGGAACCAGUGUGCACCCAAGGAAAAAGGCAGCCAGCCAAUGAACUAACAAAUGGAAAAGGAGGUUGUUCUGUGCAAGCCAAUGUGAAUCAGGUGCCUCUUUACACUGGAGCAGAAUUUUAGCAACCCAAGGCCUGUUCCAAGCUUAAAAACAACACACUCGGGUGCAGGUGAUGAAGACAAAGUUGGAAAAUGCACGACAGGCUCCUGUUGCCAUUGUCAUUGGGGACAGCGGUCCCCAGUCGUGCCCUAUUGUGUUAUCUUUUUUCCUGUGAAGUGGUGGCUGAAUGGGGCAUUGUGAUGCCGCAGGGACUGCGUCUUCACGACAGUUACAUUUCACACGCUAGUGCCACUGUUGGCUUCUUUGAUCGCAUUGCGAGAAAAAAAGAGCUAGUAGCGCAGCUCUGUUGUUGCAAGAUUGCACACUAGGGAUGAGCCAAGCCUUGAUAUCCUGGCAAGGCAGGACUUUUCUUGUUCCUCUUCACUGCAUCUUUCGAUAGGGCACUCCCCUUGCCAGUGGCUCUUGCUUGUCUCGUUUCUGUUAUUUAUGUACGUUGACCAGCCAGCACAGUAUGUUAGCUGCCAGAUUCGUCAGUGAAGCAGUGUUGCCAAGCAAGCGAAAGUUCUCGUUUUAGUUGGUAAGAAAAGAGAAAUUGUAAUUUCCACCAGUCUGCAUACUGUCUUCUUCCUUGCCACUUUUGAAGAUUGCAGUAGGACUAUCCUGUGUCAGUAAGUGCUGCUUGUGUGCCAGUGAUGUGAUGGAGUAGAUCAAGCAAGUGCAAGGCAGAAGAUGAAAUGGUCAUGCAAAGCGCACACACGUGCUUCUCUUCCAGUGCACAUGUACAUGUCAACACAUCUCGGUGACCUUGUGUGUGAUUCGUGUGUGAGAACCACCCUGUGUUAUGUGCAACAGUCUUCCUUUCCAGCUGAAGCUGCAUUCUUUCCUAGUAGCACAUGCAAGCUGGGCCACCCUGUAGAGGUGCUAACGUUUCAGUUCUGAGCGGUGAUGCUGCUAGCCUCACUUUACUUGUGAAUGCCUAUUUUUCUUUUGUUGCUGCCUCGCGAGCGAUGAGCACACCCUUUCACUGAAGUGUACUUAAUAAUGGCUAAGGAGGACAAGUGUGAAGUAUGGGAUGCAAGACUGUAAAGUCAUAAGGAGCUUAGGGCGUCACUGUCUCAUUCUCUGCCUACCCCAAUUUCUUUCAGUCGAAUGAUGAAAGCAAAUUCUCCACAGAAGCAGCACACAGUUGUCAACUGGCCACACUACACUGCUUGUACAAGGGACAAUACUAUUUACUGCCUUUCACAAGCUGCUGUGGUCUGUCUGUGCCCUUGGUGCCUAGCUCAGCACAAACCAGCCUUCAAACAUCAGCAGCAAUCCAAGUUGACUCGUCUUGUCUCGUGACAUCAACUUUUCGCGAUGACAUAUCAUGCUUGUUGAAGGCAGUCAUGAGGCUCUGGUUGUUUGUACAGCAUUGAGUAAGGAGAAUGAAAAAAAAACGAUAUUUUUUGUAAGCAUUGAGCAAGCAGUGAAAAAAAGACACCCAACUGCUGUGUUAACAUCCAAGGUUGUACAGUUUACAUGUGCCUCCCACCUUGUUCUUUUGUCCUUGUUCUGCUGGCUCUUGCCUUGUGCACCUAUGCUCCUCUUUGGAGAAGUGUGUGGAAUCAACUGCAUGUAGAGGGAGGACUGCCUCAUGAGCACACUGGUUCAUGAUCUACUUAGUAGUGAUGCAAAGUUACGGGGGUUUUGCCUAUCAAUUAUGUGGAUUGUAAAUGUGUUGAGUAUAGGUGAUGUUUUUAUGGGACCAGCUAUGUUGAAGUCUAUUCCUUUAGGUAAAAAAUAUAAUAGGAAAAGUUUGUAUGGGGUCUGUUACAUUUUGCUGCUUGGUUGAAUCAACAAGAGCAUUAAGAACGUUGGGAACAUAGAUGUAGCCUACCUUUACUUAUUUUCUGGUUUUGAGUUGUACUUUCAGACUGUAAUAAGCAGGUGAACCCCUAAAAACCCGUAGUAUUUCCAUGAAAUGGACACAAGCACCAUUAAUAAACAUGAGAUAGGCAUACAUAUUCCUUGUUAAACAUAUAAAAUAACAGCUGUGAUUUUAAAGACAACAAUACACAGCUGCAAGCCAUGCUGCUUGCAACUUUGCAUCACUACUGCAAUGUACACAGUGAUAAAACUGUGUUUGAAGAAAGAAGUUGAGUUGGAAGUAUCUUUCAGUGUUAAAUUGUGCAAGUAAGACUAAUUUAAACCUCUUCAUUAAACUGCUUACUUGAGCACUUUGACAUGUGCUGAAUCAUCCUGUUUAUCCUGUUCAUACCUGUUGAGCAUAUGCGGACACGUCCAGUGUUGUCUUAUAUCAUAGUAUUCAAGAUGAGGAUUACCCUCUUGACACAUGUACCUUCACUCUGAGUACCUAGAGCCUAGAGAGCCUCCUAUUUUUACUUCACAUAAAAAGAAGAGGGGGAGUUACAAUAAUGUUCAUAUACAGCAUAGUGUAAAGGUAUAAAAAGAGUGCUAUUCUGCAAACAAUAUUUUCGAUUUCUGAGUAACUGGGGCCAGAAUAGAGAAAAUUAUUUAGCGUAAAAAAAAAAAAGAGGCAGUUUCAACUUCCGAAAGAGAAGCAAAGACCAAGGGCAUACCUUGUGCCAGCCUAUGCGCUUGCUUCACGUUCAAUCACAUGACAUGUAGGUGGCUGCAUUUGUAGCCUACCGAUGGGUUGUAGAGCUACACGGUUGAAGUUAGAAAUAAGCUGUUCACUGUUAUAUUUGCAGCACGGGUAGAUGAAGAUACUUCCCUUCCCUGGUGAAUUCUUGCUGCAUGCGAAGAUUUGUUCCGGCCUUCUGCGCAAUGAGCUUGGCUUUUGUUCCUUGAGUGUAGGUCAAGUGCAUUGUGAUUGGCCUUCCCUGACCAGUGUGCUUUCCUUCCUUGCCACUUCUUGACCUGUCGGAGGCGUAAAUUAGGUUUUUAAUUUUUUGCUGCUACAAGAACAGACCUGUACUUAGAGGCAAAAAAAAGAGAGUUUCUGUUCUUGUCCUUUUCCUGCCUAGCCCUUUUUGCAGUGCACUGUCAACAGGAAGGUGUAAAUACAAAGUGUGACAUAUUGAAUGACAAUAAAUUUUUCAGAAACAGC